GAGCUCCGGGAACGCGUGCGCCUGCGCCUGGGGCUGAGGAUGGUCUGGCGGCGGGUCCGGGUCUGCAGGCUGGCUCUGUGGGCGGCGGGCCAUGGUUGGUUGGAUUGAGCCGGGCUGCCGUGGGGCGCCGAGCUGGAGGGGGUGGCGGUGAGCCGAGGCCGCGGGCGCGUUUUGGCUGAUUGGGGAGUCGGCAGGUGGCAGGUGUGCACCAUCUUGGAUUUGCUGUGCAACCACAUGGUGUAAUGAACCAUGCAGGGCCAGCGGAGCCUGCUGCUGGGCCCCGCCCGCCUCUGCCUGCGCCUGCUUCUGCUAUUGGGCACCAGGCGCCGCUGUCCCCCUCUGCUCCGGGAUCUGGUGCAGCGCUGGCGCUAUGGCAAGGUCUGCGUGCGCUCCCUGAUCUACAACUCCUUCGGGGGCGGUGACACUGCUGUUGAUGCUGCCUUUGAGCCCAUCUACUGGCUAGUGGACAACGUGAUCCGCUGGUGUGGAGUGGUGUUUGUGGUGCUGGUGAUUGUGCUGACCAGCUCCAUUGUGGCCAUCGCCUACCUAUGUAUCCUGCCCCUCAUCCUCCGAACCUACUCAGUCCCACGACUCUGCUGGCAUUUCUUCUAUAGUCACUGGAAUCUGAUCCUCAUCGUCUUUCAUUACUACCAGGCCAUCACCACUCCACCUGGAUAUCCACCCCAGGGCAGGAAUGAUAUCGCCACAGUCUCCAUCUGUAAGAAGUGCAUUUACCCCAAGCCAGCCCGAACACACCACUGCAGCAUCUGCAAUAGGUGUGUGCUGAAGAUGGACCAUCACUGCCCCUGGCUGAACAACUGUGUGGGCCACUAUAACCAUCGGUACUUCUUCUCCUUCUGCUUCUUCAUGACUCUGGGAUGUGUCUACUGCAGCUACGGAAGUUGGGACCUCUUCCGGGAGGCUUACGCUGCCAUCGAGAAAAUGAAACAGCUCGACAAGAACAAACUACAGGCGGUUGCCAACCAGACUUAUCACCAGACCCCACCACCCACCUUCUCCUUUGGAGAAAGAGUGACUCACAAGAGUCUUGUCUACCUCUGGUUCCUGUGCAGUUCUGUGGCACUUGCCCUCGGUGCCCUAACUGUAUGGCAUGCUGUUCUCAUCAGUCGAGGUGAGACUAGUAUCGAAAGGCACAUCAAUAAGAAGGAGAGACGUCGGCUGCAGGCCAAGGGCAGAGUUUUUAGGAAUCAUUACAACUACGGCUGCUUGGACAACUGGAAGUUAUUCCUGGGUGUGGACACAGGAAGGCACUGGCUUACUCGGGUGCUGUUACCUUCCAGUCACCUGCCCCAUGGGAAUGGAAUGAAUUGGGACCCCCCUCCCUGGGUGACCGCUCACUCCGCCUCUGUGAUGGCAGUGUGAGCUGGAUUGUCAGCCACAACUUGAGCAUCACCCUGCUUCCUGUGUUGUCUCAAGGGCCUCUAAGAGUAGCUUUUUGGAAUCUUGAGCAAAGAGCCAGUGGGCCUGCCUUAGGGUACCAUGCAAGGACAACUCAAGGACCUAUCUCCUGGCCGCUGCAGAAACAAAGCACGAGGUGGAAAAAUCCUAGGACUGAUGUCCCUUUACUCAGGCCAACAGAAGUUCCAGCCAUAGACUGGAGAUCAGGCAGCUAGCACCCUUGCCGGGUGCUGACCCCAGCCUCCGCAUUACAGCUUGGGGGUUGGCCACCACCUCUUCCACGUGCUGCCUGAGAAAACACCUGAAUGGUCAAGCUGAGAUCCUGGCUUCUCAACAGGGCAAAGAUACCAGGCCUACUGCUGAGGUCACUGCCACUUCUCACAUGCUGCUGAAGGGGAAAAAAAUAAAGGAAUUUGAUUUUUAAAAAUA